GCCGGGCACUCCCACGAGAGUGAGGGCUGCUGGGCCCGAUGACGUGGCCUGGCCCCGUCCGAUCCGGUGAGCCUCCGGGAAACCCGGCGGCGCCGGAACUGUCCGCGGCCUAGUACGGACGCGCGUGUGCUUGUGAGCCGGAGCUGGGGACAGCGGCAGCGGGCAGGUCUCGGGGACCCGACGGGGCCGCUGGCAUGGGGGAGUGACGCGCCUGCGCCCGGUGUUCCGCGGCAGCGGCGAGACAUGAGGAGACCCCGUAGCGGGGGCAGCGGCGGCGGCUCCUGAUCCCCGGGAUGGAGGAGAAAUACGGCGGGGACGUGCUAGCCGGCCCCGGCGGCGGCAGCGGCGGCCUCGGGCCGGUGGACGUGCCCAGCGCUCGGUUAACGAAAUAUAUCGUAUUACUAUGUGUCACUAAAUUUUUGAAGGCUGUGGGGCUUUUUGAAUCAUAUGACCUCCUAAAAGUAGUUCACAUUGUUCAGUUUAUUUUUAUAUUAAAACUUGGGACUGCAUUUUUUAUGGUUUUGUUUCAAAAGCCUUUUUCUUCUGGGAAAAGUAUUACCAAACGCCAGUGGAUCAAAAUAUUUAAACAUGCAAUUGCUGGGUGUAUCAUUUCACUUUUGUGGUUUUUUGGCCUCACUCUUUGUGGACCACUAAGGACUUUGCUGCUAUUCGAGCACAGUGAUAUUGUUGUCAUCUCACUGCUCAGUGUUUUGUUCACUAGUUCUGGAGGAGGACCAGCAAAGACAAGAGGGGCUGCUUUUUUCAUUAUUGCUGUGAUCUGCCUAUUGCUUUUCGACAAUGAUGAUCUCAUGGCUAAAAUGGCUGAACACCCUGAAGGACAUCAUGACAGUGCUCUAACUCACAUGCUUUACACAGCGAUUGCCUUCUUAGGUGUGGCAGAUCACAAGGGUGGAGUAUUAUUGCUAGUACUGGCUUUGUGUUGUAAAGUUGGUUUUCAUACAGCUUCCAGAAAACUCUCUAUAGAUGUUGGUGGAACCAAACGUCUUCAAGCUUUAUCCCAUCUUGUUUCUGUGCUUCUCUUAUGCCCAUGGGUCAUUGUUCUUUCUGUGACAACUGAGAGUAAAGUCGAGUCUUGGUUUUCUCUCAUUAUGCCUUUCACAACGGUUAUUUUUUUUGUCAUGAUCCUGGAUUUCUAUGUCGAUUCCAUUUGUUCAGUCAAAAUGGAAGUUUCCAAAUGUGCCCGAUAUGGAUCCUUUCCCAUUUUUAUUAGUGCUCUACUUUUUGGAAAUUUUUGGACGCAUCCAAUAACAGACCAGCUUCGGGCCAUGAACAAAGCAGCACACCAGGAGAGCACAGAACACGUCCUUUCUGGAGGAGUGGUAGUGAGCGCUAUAUUCUUCAUUUUGUCUGCCAACAUCUUAUCAUCUCCUUCUAAGAGAGGACAGAAAGGUACCCUAAUUGGAUAUUCUCCUGAAGGAACACCUCUUUAUAACUUCAUGGGUGACGCUUUUCAGCAUAGCUCCCAGUCAAUCCCUAGGUUUAUUAAGGAAUCACUAAAACAAAUUCUUGAGGAGAAUGACUCUAGGCAGAUCUUUUACUUCUUGUGCUUGAAUCUGCUUUUUACCUUUGUGGAAUUAUUCUAUGGCGUGUUGACCAAUAGUCUGGGUCUGAUCUCAGAUGGAUUUCACAUGCUCUUUGACUGCUCUGCUUUGGUCAUGGGACUUUUUGCAGCCCUGAUGAGUAGGUGGAAAGCAACUCGGAUUUUCUCCUAUGGGUAUGGCCGAAUAGAAAUUCUCUCUGGAUUUAUUAAUGGGCUUUUUCUAGUGGUAAUAGCUUUUUUUGUGUUUAUGGAAUCAGUGGCUAGAUUAAUUGAUCCUCCGGAAUUAGACACACACAUGUUAACACCAGUCUCAGUUGGAGGGCUGAUAGUAAACCUUAUUGGUAUCUGUGCCUUUAGCCAUGCCCAUAACCAUACCCAUGGAGCUUCUCAAGGAAGCUGUCACUCAUCUGAUCACAGCCAUUCACACCAUGUGCAUGGACACAGUGACCAUGGGCACGGUCACGGUCACAGCCACGGAUCUGCAGGCAGAGGCAUGAAUGCUAACAUGAGGGGUGUAUUUCUACAUGUUUUGGCAGACACACUUGGCAGUAUUGGUGUGAUCGUGUCCACCAUUCUUAUAGAGCAGUUUGGAUGGUUCAUUGCUGAUCCCCUCUGUUCUCUUUUUAUCGCUAUAUUAAUAUUUCUCAGUGUUGUCCCACUGAUUAAAGAUGCCUGUCAGGUUCUCCUUCUGAGACUGCCACCAGAAUAUGAAAAAGAACUACAUAUUGCCUUAGAAAAGCUACAGAAAAUUGAAGGAUUAAUAUCAUACCGAGACCCACAUUUUUGGCGUCAUUCUGCCAGUAUUGUGGCAGGAACAAUUCAUAUACAGGUGACAUCUGAUGUGCUGGAACAAAGAAUAGUACAGCAGGUUACAGGAAUACUUAAAGAUGCUGGAGUAAACAAUUUAACAAUUCAAGUGGAAAAAGAAGCAUACUUUCAACAUAUGUCUGGCCUAAGUACUGGAUUUCAUGAUGUUCUGGCUAUGACAAAACAAAUGGAGUCCAUGAAAUACUACAAAGAUGGUACUUACAUCAUGUGAGAGAACUUGGGAAUUACCCCUGGGGUAUGAACAAUGAAGAUGAAAUGACCGGGUAUUUAUAAUAUCGCCAGAAGGAAGAAAAUUGCACAUAAUUGUACAGAAAAAUUUUGUGGUAUUUGAAAAAAAUUUUAAAGCUCCCUACAGCUGGAUCAAGGAAUCUUUCUUAAAGGAAAUUUAAAUACAGAAUGAAGCGUUAAUUAUACAAGUAAAAUAAUUGUUUGAAUUAUGUGUAAAACAGGAAACUUAAAAUUUAAGUGAACAUGAUGUAUCAUAUCAUCUUCAAAAGUGAACAUAUAAUGAUGGAUUCUAGUGAAGACCAAAAUAACUUCUGUGUGUUUACUUUCUGUAAGAAAGCAUCUCCAUUGUAAAUAAUGUAUUUACAUGUUUAUUGCAAAGACCCAAAUGAAAAAUUUUUAGUCAAUUUUUUGCAUAGCCCUAGGAUAAAAUAGGAAUAAAAGUUCUAUAUUUAUGGAUUUUCUGUAUAUAAAACUGGUUUCUAAUUAUAACUUAAAUCCAUUAAGUAAAACCUGUAUUGCCACUUUAAACUAAAUUAUUUGGGAGAAACUUCAACCACUGAUAUGAGGCAGCAGUGAGAAUAGUGAAGGAUAACAUGACAGUUUUUGAUGUAUUACAAAAGCCAACCACUCUGUAAAAUAAAUUUUUUUACUUUUGGUAAUA